UCCUGGUCCUUAGAGCAUCCCUAUCUCUAUAUUGCUUCCUUGUUUCCCUUCUCUCAUGUCUCUCCAUUGUUUCAAUGCUUGUUAAGUAUUUGAGAAAGAGAGAGUGAGUGAGCUGACUCGUCGAGUUUCUUAUAAACAAAGAGAAAGAGAGAGAGAUGGGAAGGGCUCCUUGUUGUACAAAAGUUGGGUUGCAUAGAGGUCCAUGGACUCCGAGAGAAGACACGUUGCUUGUCAACUACGUUCAAACUCAUGGUGAAGGUCACUGGAGAUCACUUCCAAAGAAAGCUGGGCUACACAGGUGUGGAAAGAGUUGCAGGCUGAGAUGGAUGAACUAUCUAAGACCUGAUAUUAAAAGAGGGAAUAUAUCCACAGAUGAAGACGAUCUCAUCAUCAGAUUACAUUCUCUUCUCGGCAAUCGUUGGUCUCUCAUUUCCGGGAGGCUCCCUGGUCGAACCGAUAACGAGAUUAAAAACUACUGGAACACCUAUCUGAGCAAAAGACUUCUAAGCCAAGGAAUCGACCCCAAUACCCACAAGAAACUACCAAAGCCAGUAGUUCAACAAGUGAGCAAGAGAAAGAACAGCAGAGGCAGCAAUAACAAGCAGAAUCCGAAGAAAGCAAAGACAACACUUGAGCCUGCAGUGAUACCAAAGGGCCAUCUCCCAAAACCCAGUAAGGUGACUUCAAUUUAUUUUCCAAGAAACGACAGCUUCGACCAAUGCAAUACGUUUAGCACAGUGUGUUCGAGCCAAGGAGAAGAAGAGGGUAUGGGUACCCAGGCUAUACAAGGCCCUUGGUCAGAAUAUGUAAGCAAUGGUGAAAACGGGACCGGGUUUCUUUCAGAGUCGGGGUGCCACCCUCGUGUGCCAAGUGAAGAUGAUAAUUCUCUAGAUAAGCUUUACGAAGAGUAUCUGCAGCUUUUGAAGGCAAACGAAGAUCAACUGCAGUUGGAUGCUUUCGCUGAAUCAUUGCUGGAUCUGAUUGGGAAAAAAAUAUGUAUGUAUGUAUGCAUGCAUGCAUAUAUUAAAAUAUCCUGUUAAUGUCUGUACUUUUACAAAAUUUAAGAUUUAAUCAAUUUAAUUAAAAA